AUGAGCCUCACCGUCACGCCUCAGCCGCAGGCCAACUUUGGAGAUCACAGGUUUUCAGGCUUCACGGUGCCGUACAAUGCCCACCUUGCACAACAGCAGUCUUGGGGCAUGCCACCCCCGCCGCCGUCGCAGAUGAGUCGCGGCCAGCCGCAUGGCCACCCGCAUUUCGACGCGCCAGCGCCAGCUCACACGGCGCCCGUCAUGACAGAGUACGACCCGUAUGCGCAGCAGCGAUCACCGCAGUAUCAGGAGCAUGAGCAGUACCAUCUUCACCCGGAUCAUUUUUACGGCAGCCCCCACACGUCAACGCAGCAGCAGCAGCAGCAGCAGCAGGAGCCCUGGGUUGGGUCGGGCCCAGAUGGCUCCUACGCCCCGGUCCUGCUGCCCGCCGCCCUCGAGACGCCGCCCGGUGCCCAACACUGCAACUUCGCCGCCGCGCCGCCGCCGCCGCCGCCUCAGCAGCAGCAGCAGCAGCAACAGCAGCAGCAAGCCGUAUUUGACUCAGCUGUCAUGUCGAUCGACCCCAGCGCCCUCAGUGACCUUGACCCAAAUCGAAUCCGCCAGGUGCUUGUUGGUAUACACGGACACGUCGAUACCUUCCUCAGAGGGAUCGAGGAGGAGGCGAACAAGAAGAGGAAAGCGUCCAGCGAGCCGUUGGACGAGACGCAGGACCUGGCCCAGCAUGCUUCGGUAGACGCGAGGCAGCAGCCGGAAGCUGACGUCGAAGACCCGUUCGACUCUGAUGACAGGCAUUUGAGUGCCCUUGAGGACCGUCUGUCGGACAGGCCUAGAGCCAUGCUCAACGCUAAGCUCAUGGCGAAACUGAAGGAAAACGCCAGGACGAGGGGCAAUUCCAACGUUAUGAGGAAGCCCAAGAACAAGAACAAGGCCGCUCAGGCUAGAUCUCAAGACGACCCUAGGGAUAGUGACAAGAGUAAGGAAGGCAAGGGGCAAGUCGCGGAUGUGGGUGACAAUGCGGACGAGCCCAGAGGAGAUUCAGAGCCCGAAUCGGAGGAGGAAUCCGAGGUGAUCGAGACACCCACAAAAGUCUUCGACUCGAUCUCCAUUGUCGAAGGCGAUGUGCCAUCCCACGGCUGGACCACGGAUUACUAUGGGCUGACGGACGCGCGAAAACGAUACGGCACGGGCAUCGGAUGGGAAACGCAGGAGACCGAGGCUGAGACCCCGGUACAGCAUCCCCUGCAGCACACGGCCAUGUUCGUCUGCAAGAAAUGCUGCCUGCGGUGGAAGGGUGUGUCACUUGAGAACAGGAAGUUGUUCAGAGAGGACAAUACCGAAGAGCGAAAACUGCAUCGCGUGCCCCAAGCUGCCAAAAAAGGAGAUCCGGGACAUACGCGCCCCGGCUGCAGAGAGGUGCACUGGUACCUCGACCAUGACAGCGGCAAGAAACCCUGCGUCAGAGGCUUAUGCGAGCAACACCUGCUGUCCGCCCAGAAGUGGCCUCACAAGGCUCUCGUGUUGAGUCUCAUCGACCGUGUCAAAAAGGGCCGUUUCCUCAGCGACCUGGACCUCGAGAUCAGCGCGCGCCUCAUGUUCAUCUUCAACGACCGCGACGCCGCGGGGAAACCCAUCGUGUCCAAGUCCGACUGCACCAAACUCGAUCCGAGCCAGAUCUGCAACCCCGCCAACAAGGCCGAGCAUGCCCAGUGGCUGGAUUACAUGGACCCGCCUCAGGGCAGGGUGUUCCACGAGAGCUUCGCGUGGGACGCGUCCAAGAACUGCUGGUACCAGGGCCACUGGACCAUCGGCCGGGACGAGAAUUGCGAGCCCGCCGUUCUGCCGCUCCACUGGCAGCUGCUCGAUGCGAGGUGGGAUCCCCGCUGGGGGCAAUAUUUCCUGUGGCCGCUCAAACCACCGCCGAAGAAGAAACGCAGGCACUGA